GCCGCCGCCGGCCCCGCGUGGCCAUGGCGUCCCCGGCCAUCGGGCAGCGUCCCUACCGGCUGCUCUUGGACCCGGAGCCGCCGCGGUACCUGCAGAGCCUGAGCGGCCCCGAGCCGCCGCCGCCGCCGCCGCCCCCCGGCCGCUCCUCGCGCCGCUGCGCCCCGGCGCCCCUGUCCACCGCGCCCGGGGCGCACGAGGGGCGCAGCGCCCGGAGGGCCGCCCGGGCGGACGCGGAGCCCCAGCCGCGGCCGCCCAGACCCCCUCGCGCCGUCCGGCCGGGUCUGCAGCAGAGACUGCGGCGGCGGCCCGGAGCGCCCCGGCCCCGCGACGUGCGGAGCAUCUUCGAGCAGCCGCGGGACCCCCGCGUCCCGGUGGAGCGAGGCGAGGGGCACCGCUUCGGGGAGCUGGCGCUGCGGGGCGGCCGCGGCUGGUGCGACCUGUGCGGACGGGAGGUGCUGCGGCAGGCGCUGCGCUGCGCUAACUGUAAAUUCACCUGCCACCCGGAGUGCCGCAACCUGAUCCAGCUGGACUGCAGCCGGCAGGAAGGCCCAUCCCGGGACAGACCUUCUCCAGAAAGCACCCUCGCUCCCAUCUCCAGCCAGAACGUCUGUAAAGUGGCGGAGGAGCCGCAGCGCCCGCCCUCACUGCAGGAGCUCAGGCAGAGGAUCGACAGCUACAACAGCCGCGAGGCCAACUGCCUGGGCAUGAAGCUGAGUGAAGACGGCACCUACACAGGUUUCAUCAAAGUGCAUUUGAAACUUCGGCGGCCGGUGACCGUGCCCGCAGGGAUCCGGCCCCAGUCCAUCUAUGAUGCCAUCAAGGAAGUGAACCUGGCGGCCACCACCGACAAGCGGACGUCCUUCUACCUUCCGCUCGAUGCCAUCAAGCAGCUGCACAUCAGCAGCACCACCACAGUCAGCGAGGUCAUCCAGGGGCUGCUCAAGAAGUUCAUGGUUGUGGACAAUCCCCAGAAGUUUGCACUUUUUAAGCGGAUACACAAGGACGGGCAAGUGCUCUUCCAGAAACUUUCUGUAGCUGAUUGCCCUCUCUACCUGCGCUUGCUUGCUGGGCCUGACAAUGACGUCCUCAGCUUCGUGCUCAAGGAGAACGAAACUGGAGAAGUGGAGUGGGAUGCCUUCUCCAUCCCCGAGCUCCAGAACUUCCUAACAAUCCUGGAAAAGGAGGAGCAGGACAAAAUCCAGCAAGUGCAGAAGAAGUACGACAAGUUUAGGCAGAAACUGGAGGAGGCCUUAAGAGAGUCCCAGGGCAAACCUGGCUAACCGGUCCUGCUUCCUCUUCUCCUGGUGCCCGCGGUUUUAUUUUUAUUAUUAAUUAUUAUUUUGCAACAGACACUUUGUCUCAGGACCCCUCUGGCGGGUGCCUCUAUGCCCACCCGGCAGUUCCAGAUGUGGCACGAAAUCUCUGAGGGACACGUGUGCGUGCGGGCCGGGCCCUGCCUGCCACACGCUGCCAAGGAGCGGGAUCGGGGCGGGGUGGAAAGAAGAGCGCGGGGCCUGGGCAACCUGGGAGCCCUUCAUAAGCCAACCAGCUGCCUCUCUCGUCACCAAACUGGAACCGUUCGCACCGGCCGGCAAAGGAAAGAAGAAAGGUUUUAGAGCUGUAUGUUCUUUCUCCGCCUUUCAUUCUUCUUCGGUUUCUCUUAUUUGCCACCCAUAGACCUUUAUUUAUGAGUCAAAAAUUGUAGCAUAUUCCUUUAGUGGGUCUGAGCUAUGCCCCGGAAAGCAGGAUGAUGCUCGUGAGAGCACUGUCCCUCACUGUCCCAAGGUGCCCGUUCAUGCUCAAGGGAGGGUCCCAAAGCCACUGGACCCAGCUGCUCAGGUAGGGAGCACCAAAGCUGAGGGUGGCUCAGAGAAUUCCAGAGAAGAGCUGCAGCCUGCCCUCACCUCAUUGCUCGAGAGUCUGUGCCCAUGUGAACCCAAAGGCAUACAGAUGUGUGCGUGUGAUGCUUCAUCACGUCUUUGUCAACAAGUGUUUGUUUUUAAGUUACAACUUGGAGUUUCAUGUCGCCAUCGUGUUUCCACCAAAGGGAAACGAGCCAUUUACCAUUUUCAAUGUCUCCUGCUGGGUGUGGAAAUCAGGCAGUUAGGCAGAGCCAGAAAGCUCCGCUGAGAAACGUGGCCACCUUGUCUUCAGCCUUCCCCCAGCUCGAGAGCCAGGGAGGGCCUGGCUGCCCUGCUCUCCUGCUUGGCCUUGGGCACUGCUUCUUCCUCCCACAGGGACUCUGGGGACUCCAGGUGCUGCCAGAGGAGCUGCCUUCAUUACAGACGGGGGGACCUCCCAGCUCGGGACCUCCCAGCUCAGGCCAACCUGGAGUCCUUGGUGUUCUGAAGCUCGGCCAGCCCGUGGCACUGCGCGCAGGGAGCCUGUGGGCUGGCCUCCCGCUGACCUCAGUGCCUUUGUUUUCAGAGAGAAACAGGAGCAGGGCGCCCUUGCUUGACGCUCUGCUGCGCACUUGCUCCUGCCAGGAAGCGGACCAUGGUGGUGUGGGAGGCAAGGCCGGGAGAGCCCUUCUUCCGCGAGUGGGGCAAGAGUCACAGACCUCCUUCCCAUCUAAGGUCCUGAGCUUUUGACUCCCAAUAAGUGACGUCAAACCACAUGGAAAGGGUGAUUAGAUCCCCAGCCUACAUCUGCAUGGGCUCCUUGUUCAGGUGCAGACUUAAACUAGCCAAACAACUGAAGCAAGUAGCCGGGCCUAGAGGGAGGACUUUGAACUUUCGGAGCAGGGCCGGUUUUCCAGUCCAGCCUCUGAGACCUCAGUUCUUUGCUGUCCUCUGCCUCCCCAGGUCCUUCUUGGGUUGGUUGGGUUGAGCCCCGGCUUCAUUGUAUAACCUCAGAAGUCCCCUCCCUGACUCUUGCUGUGUGUCCACGCUGCCCCGAUGGCAGAAGGAAUGCUGACGCCACGUCAUACAAACUGUGUGCAGUCUUCAGAGCUGCAAAAGCAGGACAAGCUCGCAGCUGAACAAGAUUUUUUAGACCCCCUUAAAACCCUGCUUAUCUGCCAUCUCAUGCUCAGCCUUCUUGCUUCCCUCCCUUAAAAACAGAAACAAAAAAACCUCUCACCCUGCUGUAUAUUAAAGGGAGCGGGUUGAGAGUCCGUUUUCCUUCCUGCUGCAUGUCCUUAACAUUAGUGGAAGGCACAGCUCCUGCUGCAGCCGCUGUGAAUGCUGCUGAGAUCCUCCCUCUGAUGGGGGCGGCGAUUUUAUUUUUGAGAAGGAAAAAAUAAGUCGUGUACAUAUAUACAUAAAGGCAUAUAGCUAUAUAUAAAGAGAUAGGGGUGUUUAUGAAGCAAGGGAGUUACGGGAAAAUUCUAACUUCAUCUGAAGCACGGUUACACCCAGAACCUGAGGCCCGAGCCUCGGCAAACAGUCUGGAUAAAGUAUCCCUUCCCCCAGAGGUGGGUAUCACUGCUGGUAGUGCCUUCUAUCCUUGUGUUGCCCCUUGUGUGUACGUUGGUUUUGAGGGUAUUUUCUUUUUAAAUGUCUUUUCUUAUCUGGGUUUUAAAAAAGAUAAUAAAAGCUUGUUGCAAAAAUGA